UCUGCUCUCUCUCUCCCUCUCUCUCUAUUUAUAACACAAAGCUUUUGAAAGAAAACUAAGACUGGGCCCCGUUCUCUCUCUGCUUUCGCUUGUUACCGUGGCAGCGUGUGCAUCUCAGUGCCGGAGAAUGAGGCAAGCUGGCAGCGCUUUUUGCUUCUGCCCCUUGCGCUUGGGAUUACGGGAGAGGAGCCCUCAGAGGGACGUUCGCAGCAAGGAUGCCCUACCGAGUUUGUUAUGUGCUACUUAUUCCGGUUAAAAGGAUGAAAGAAUGAUGUGAUGGAGAGAAAUAUGGGCCAUUGGUCAGGUCCUUUGGCCCCCACGCCUGGCCUAGUCUUCCUGCUUGUUCAGCUUUUGGCCAACACCUGCCAUGGCCUUCAAGGGGCAAUGCCAUUUGGCUUCCACUUCACACAUUCCAUAUACAACACCACAGUGUACGAGAACUCUGCGGCACGGACCUAUCUUAACAGCCAAAGUAGAAUGGGCAUCACUAUGGCGGACCUCUCUUGGGAUAUCAAAUACAGGAUAGUGUCUGGCGACGAUGAAGGCUUUUUCAAGGCAGAGGAAGUUGUAAUAGCUGAUUUCUGUUUCCUUAGGAUAAGGACUAAAGGUGGGAAUUCUGCCAUAUUGAAUCGAGAAAUCCAGGACAACUAUUUGUUGAUAAUAAAGGGCUCUGUCCGUGGAGAAGACUUGGAAGCAUGGACAAAAGUGAACAUCCAGGUUUUAGACAUGAACGAUUUGCGGCCUUUGUUUUCACCAACCACCUAUUCCGUAACCAUAGCAGAAAGCACUCCUCUUAGGACUAGCAUUGCACAGGUUACAGCGACAGAUGCUGAUAUUGGUUCCAACGGUGAAUUCUAUUACUACUUUAAAAAUAAAGUCGACCUCUUCUCUGUCCAUCCAACUAGUGGGGUUAUCUCUUUAAGCGGCCGGCUAAACUACGAUGAGAAAAACAGGUAUGACCUUGAAGUUUUAGCUGUGGACCGUGGGAUGAAACUCUAUGGUAACAAUGGAGUAAGCAGCACUGCCAAACUUUACAUACAUAUUGAGCGCAUAAAUGAGCACGCCCCAACUAUCAAUGUCGUAACCCACAUUCCCUUUCCUUCGGACAAGGAGCCUACAUAUGCUAUUGUUAACGUGGAUGACUUAGAUGAAGGUGCCAACGGCGAGAUAGAAUCUCUUUCUAUUGUUGCUGGAGAUCCCUUGGAACAUUUCCACUUGACUAAGGAUGGCAGAUGGAUGAACGAGUACAAAAUCAAAGAGAAAAAGCCCAUUGAUUGGGACCAUUUCCCAUAUGGUUGCAAUCUUACGCUCCAAGCAAAAGACAAAGGGUCCCCUCAAAAGUUUUCGGCUGUGAAACUGGUACAUAUUGCCAGUCCCAGUAGAGGAAGCAGCCCUGUAAAGUUCGAAAAGGAAACAUAUGAUGUGGCCAUCAGUGAAUUCUCUCCUCCCGGAGUAGUCGUUGCUAUAGUUAAGCUAACCCCAGAACUGCAGGGUGAAGGAUAUAAAUUGUCUCCCAGCGAGGAUGCAGAGUAUUUUAAGAUUAAUCCCAGGACAGGUCUAAUUACCACUGCACGCCCUUUAAAAAUUGUUGACAAGGAAUUUUACGACUUAGAAGUAACGAACAAAGACGGAUACUUGAAAACACAUGUUACUGUCAGGAUAGAAGAUGCCAAUGAUCACAUCCCAGAGUUUACACAACCUUCGUAUAGCUCCUAUGUCAACGAAAGUGUCUCCGUGGGUACUAGCAUUUUGUCAGUUUCUGCUUUUGAUAAGGAUCGUGGAGAAAACGGCUACAUCACGUACAGCAUUGCUAGUCUAAAUUCGCUCCCCUUUUCCAUCAACCAGUUUACGGGGGUUAUUAGCACAUCUGAAGAGCUGGAUUUUGAGUCCUCCCCGGAGAGCUACAGGUUUAUUGUUAGGGCCUCAGACUGGGGCUCGCCUUACCGCCACGAAAGCGAGGUGAAUGUCACAAUAUACAUAGGCAACGUAAACGAUAACAAGCCGUUGUUUGAAAAGGUGGCUUGUCAGGGAGUGAUUUCAUCAGAUUUCCCUGUUGGCGGGCACAUCACAGCAGUCUCUGCUAUAGAUAUAGACGAGUUGGAGCUUGUGAAAUACAAAAUAAUUUCCGGUAACGAGCUGGGCUUUUUUUACCUGAAUCCAGACUCGGGGGUUCUGCAGCUCAAAAAGUCCCUGUCUGGCGCCGGCGUGAAGAACAACAACUUUGGACUUAGGAUAACAGCAACCGACGGGGAGAAUUUUGCCGAUUCCAUGUUCGUCAACAUCUCUGUGGUUCACGGGAAAGUGUCUUCUAAAACCUUUAGCUGCCGAGAGACCAGAGUUGCUCAGAGGCUGGCGGAGAAGUUGCUGAAAAAGGCUAAAGCCAACGUGAAGCUAAAUUCCGAAGACGGCUUCCUGGAUUUCUAUUCCAUGAACAGGCAGGCCCCACAUUUUGACAAAUCCUUUCCUUCUGAUGUAUCCGUCAGAGAGGACCUUCCUGUUGGGGCCACCAUAUUCCAAAUCAAGGCCUAUGAUGCCGAUUCCGGCUUUAAUGGGAAAGUGCUGUACACCAUAUCAGAUGGCAAUACAGACAGCUGCUUUAACCUCGAAGUGGAGACAGGGCUGCUUAAGGUCCUUUUGCCCCUGGAUCGUGAGAAAACAGAGCUAUAUCUCCUGAACAUUACCAUUUAUGACUUAGGUAGCCCCCAGAAAGCCACGUGGAGAUUACUUACUAUAACUGUAGAGGAUGCAAAUGACAACGCACCUCUGUUUUUGCAGGAAGGCUACUCGGUUAAUAUGUUGGAAAGUACUGGUAUUGGUGUGGAAAUUAUCCAGGUAGAGGCCAGAGAUAGAGAUUUGGGGCCCAACGGGGAGGUGACUUACUCCAUAUUGACAGACACGCAGCAAUUUGUUAUCAAUAGCUCCACAGGAAUAGUAUACACAGGGGACCAUUUAGACAGGGAAUCGAAAGCAAAUUAUACAUUAAAGAUAGAGGCGAGAGACAGAGCAGAGAGUGGGCACCAGCAGUCUUCUGUCGUCCCUCUGAAUGUUUUUUUGGAUGACGUCAAUGAUUGUUCCCCAGCAUUCAUUCCCCCUAGCUAUAGUGUGAAGGUUUUGGAAGAUCUGCCAGUUGGUACGGUCAUUGCUUGGCUUGAAACUCAAGACCCUGAUCUUGGUCUCGGAGGACAAGUGCGCUAUUCCUUGGUGAACGAUUACAAUGGGAGGUUUGAAAUUGACAAAGCCAGUGGCGCUAUCCGCCUAAGCAAAGAACUCGACUACGAGAAGCAACAGUUCUACAACCUAACCGUGAGGGCAAAGGAUAAAGGCCGCCCGGUUUCUUUAUCCUCGGUUUCCUUUGUGGAAGUCGAAGUCGUGGAUGUGAACGAAAACCUCUACACCCCUUAUUUUUCCGACUUUGCCGUCAUUGGAUCAGUAAAGGAAAACUCACGCAUCGGAACAAGUGUUUUGCAAGUGAGUGCGAAGGACGAGGAUACCGGCAGGGAUGGCGAGAUCCAGUACUCUAUCCGAGAUGGCAGUGGGCUUGGACGGUUCAACGUAGAUGAGGAAACGGGAGUUAUCUAUACUGCAGAUAUCCUGGACCGAGAGACGACUCAGUCCUACUGGUUAACUGUGUAUGCAACAGAUCGUGGUGUUGUUCCACUUUAUACCACCAUUGAGGUCUACAUUGAGGUUGAAGAUGUGAACGACAACGCCCCGUUGACUUCUGAACCCAUAUAUUACCCAUCUGUUUUGGAAAACUCGCCUAAGGAUGUAUCGGUUAUUCAGAUACAGGCUCAGGAUCCUGACUCCAGCACAAAUGAAAAGAUGACCUAUAGGAUUACCAGUGGGAACCCUCAGAACUUUUUCAUCAUCAAUACCAAAACAGGUCUCAUAACCACGACUUCAAGAAAACUGGAUCGUGAACAGCAGGCAGAACAUUUUCUGGAGGUUACGGUCACGGAUGGAGGCGCCUCUCCCAAGCAGUCUACAGUCUGGCUGGUGGUCCAAGUCCUCGAUGAGAACGACAACAAGCCCCAGUUCCCAGAGAAAGUCUACCAGAUCAAGUUGCCAGAGAGGGACCGGAAGAAGAGAGGCGAGCCGAUCUACAGAGCCUUCGCCUUCGACAAGGACGAAGGCCCCAAUGCGGAGAUUUCCUACAGCAUCGUGGAUGGGAAUGACGACGGGAAGUUUUUCAUUGACCCGAAGACUGGGAUGGUCUCCUCAAGAAAGCAGUUCACAGCCGGGAGCUACGAUAUCUUAACGAUAAAAGCCGUUGACAAUGGGCGGCCGCAGAAAUCUUCGACCGCUCGCCUCCACAUUGAGUGGAUUAAGAAACCGUCGCCUUCCCCCAUCCCGCUGACAUUUGACGAGCCCUUCUACAACUUCACCGUCAUGGAAAGCGACCGAGUGACGGAGAUCGUUGGCGUGGUCUCGGUGCAACCUGCCAACAUCCCGCUGUGGUUUGACAUUGUCGGUGGCAAGCAUGCUCGAGAGAUGUUCUAUAUCCUACAGACAGCUUGUGGGCAGAACUGUUCAACAGAAGGGGGGAAUUUCGAGAGCGCUUUCGACGCAGACAAAGGUGUGGGGACCAUUGUCAUCGCAAAGCCCCUGGAUGCGGAGCAGAGGUCUGUGUACAACAUGACUGUGGAAGUCACGGAUGGCACAAAUGUGGCAAGCACUCAGGUUCUCAUCAAAGUAUUGGACAACAACGACAACGGUCCAGAAUUUUCCCACCCGAGUUACGACGUCACGAUUUCUGAGGACAUCCUCCCUGACACUGAGAUCCUGCAAGUUGAAGCCAUAGACAGAGAUGAGAAGCACAAGCUCAGCUACAUCAUUCAUAGCAGUAUUGACUCAGUCAGUGUGAGGAAGUUCAGGAUGGAUCCCAACACAGGAGUUCUGUACACCGCCGAGCGCUUAGACCACGAAGCCCAAGAUAAGCACAUCCUAAACGUAAUGGUUCGUGACCAAGAGUUCCCCUAUCGGCGGAAUUUGGCAAGGGUAAUUGUCAACGUGGAAGACUCCAACGAUCACAGUCCGUACUUCUCCAGCCCUUUGUACGAAGCCUCUGUGUUUGAAUCGGCUGCCAUUGGGUCUGCUGUUCUGCAGGUCACCGCCUUGGACAAAGACAAAGGCGAAAACGCAGAGCUGAUCUACACAAUUGAAGCAGGGAAUACUGGGAACACAUUCAAGAUUGAGCCAGUUCUAGGCAUCAUCACAGUGCUGAAGGAACCAGACCUGACCACCAUGAACCAGUUCGUUCUGUCAGUCAAAGUGACCGACCAGGGCUCUCCACCACUGUCAGCCACAGCCAUUGUCCGCAUAUCUGUGACCAUGUCAGACAAUUCUCAUCCGAAGUUUACGCACAAGGAAUGGCAAGCUGAAGUGAAUGAAAAUGUUGACUUUGGAACUUCAGUGAUCUUGGUCUCAGCAAUCAGCCAGUCUACGCUAGUUUAUGAGGUUAAGGAGGGCAACACCAACGGAGCCUUUGCUAUAAACCCCUACUCCGGAGUCAUCACUACUCAAAAGCCCCUCGAUUAUGAACGCACUUCCUCGUACCAGCUCACCGUACAAGCCACAAACAUGGCCGGCAUGGCAUCCAAUGCCACUGUGAACAUCCAGAUCAUCGACGAAAAUGACAACCCACCAGUCUUCCUCUUCUCAAAAUACCUGGGCAGCAUCAGUGAGGCUGCACCUGUAAAUAGCAUCGUUCGAAGCUUAGGGAACAAUCCGCUUGUGAUACGAGCCACAGAUGCGGACAGUAAUCAGAACGCUUUGCUUGUCUACCAGAUUGUUGAGUCCACUGCAAAGAACUAUUUCACCGUAGACUCCAGUACAGGUGCAAUUAGGACUAUUGCUGACUUAGAUCAUGAAACCAUUGCACAUUUCCAUUUUCACGUCCACGUUCGAGACAGUGGAAAUCCACAGCUUACGGCAGAAAAUCCAGCUGAAGUCACCAUUGAUGUAACAGAUGUCAAUGAUAACCCUCCAGUUUUCAGCCAGGCCAUGUUUGAGACCAUCUUGCUCCUACCAACAUACGUUGGAGUUGAGGUUCUUAAGCUCAGGGCUGCGGACCCAGAUUCAGAAGUCCCACCUGAAAUGACCUACAGCCUGAUUGAAGGCAGCACAGAGCAUUUCCUCAUCGAUUCUGUUUCCGGGGUGCUGACUAUAAAAAACAACAGCCUCUCCAAAGAUCAUUACAUGCUCAUAGCAAAAGUAUCCGAUGGGAAGUUCUAUAGCACUGCUGUAGUGACCAUAAUGGUCAAAGAAGCCAUGGACAGUGGCCUGCACUUCACACAAAGCCUUUACUCCACAUCCAUCUCAGAAAACAGCACCAAUAUCACAAAAGUAGCAGUGGUCAACGCUGUUGGAAACCGCCUUAACGAGCCCUUGAAGUACAGCAUAUUAAACCCAGGGAACAAAUUCAAGAUCAAAUCCACUCUGGGUGUCAUUCAAACUACUGGCAUCCCAUUUGACAGAGAGGAACAGGAAUUUUACGAGCUGGUGGUAGAGGCUAGUCGUGAGCUGGAUCACCUGAGGGUAGCCAGGGUGGUUGUCAGAGUUCACAUUGAAGACAUCAAUGACAAUGCUCCGGUGUUUGUUGGGCUCCCAUACUAUGCCGCUGUACAAGUUGAAGCUGAUCCCGGCACCCUGAUAUACCGAGUCACGGCAAUUGAUAAAGAUAAGGAUGCAAAUGGCGACGUAUCGUACCUGCUGAAGGAGGACUAUGGGCACUUUGAAAUUGACAGGCACACUGGCAGCGUCACAUUAAAAGCAGCCUUUAAUUCUGACUUAUCUAACAUCGAGUAUCUAAUUAUCGUCAUUGCCAAAGAUGGAGGCAAUCCAUCACUGUCUGCAUCUGUAGAACUGCCCAUUACGAUAGUUAACAAAGCAAUGCCCGUUUUCAACAAGCCUUUCUAUACGGCCUCUGUAAACGAAGACAUCGAAAUGCACACCCCAAUUCUGAGCAUCAAUGCAACCAGCCCAGAAGGUCAAGGAAUCAUUUACAUCAUUGUAGACGGUGAUCCCUAUAAUCAGUUCAACAUUGAUUUUGACACCGGAGUCCUCAAUGUCAUCAGUCCAUUAGACUAUGAAGUAAACCCCAUUUUCAAAUUGACAGUGAGAGCCAGCGAUGCUCUCACCGGUGCCCGAGCUGAAGUAACGGUGGACUUAAUUAUCAACGAUGUCAAUGACAAUGCUCCGGUUUUCGGCCACUUUGCAUAUAAUGCCACUUUAUCUGAAGCGUCUCUGAUUGGGACACCUGUUUUGCAGGUUGUUGCUACGGAUGCGGAUUCUGAGAACAACAAAAUUGUUCAGUAUCAGAUAGUCCAGGACAACUUCAACAGCACAGACUACUUUCACAUCGAUGGCACGAGUGGCUUGAUCCUAACAGCCCGCUUGCUGGACCACGAGCUGAUGCAGCAAUGCAGUCUGAAAGUGCGGGCAACGGAUAACGGAUUCCCACCUCUGAGCAGCGAAGUUCUAGUCAGCAUCUUCGUAACAGACAUGAAUGACAACCCUCCCGUUUUUAACCAAUUGAUAUAUGAAUCGUACGUCAGUGAGCUAGCUCCUCGGGGUCAUUUUGUGACUUGCGUCCAAGCUUCUGACGCAGACAGUUCUGAUUAUGACCGGUUGGAGUACAGCAUCUUGUCUGGAAAUGACCGUACAAGUUUCGUGAUGGACAGCAAAAGUGGGGUCAUCUCCCUGUCAAACCAUCGGAAGCAGAGGAUGGAGUCAAUGUACAGCCUGAAUGUCUCUGUCUCCGAUGGUUUGUUCACAAGCACAGCCCAGGUCCAUAUCCGGAUUCUCGGAGCAAACUUGUACAGUCCUGUCUUCACACAGAGUAUUUACGUGGCGGAGGUUAGAGAAAACGCCGCUCCUGGAACCAAGGUAAUCCAUGUGAAAGCAACGGACGGAGACUCAGGCAUAUAUGGGCAAAUAAGCUAUUCAAUCAUAAACGACUUUGCCAAGGAUCGUUUUUUGAUUGAUAACAACGGACAGAUCAUCACAACUGAGAAACUUGAUCGGGAGAUCCCUUUGGAAGGUGACAUCACCAUCUUCCUGAGAGCCCUCGACGGAGGAGGGAGAACCACAUUCUGUACCGUGCGAGUCAUAGUGGUGGACGAGAAUGACAAUGCUCCCCAGUUCAUGACAGUUGAAUACAGGGCAAGCGUCAAAGCAGAUGUUGGAAAGGGUCAUUUGGUCACCCAGGUCCAAGCAGUUGAUCCAGAUGAUGGUGCAAACGCGAGGAUUGCCUACUCGUUGUACAGCGAGGCCUCGGUUUCUGUUGCAGAUCUGCUGGAAAUUGACCCUGACAAUGGGUGGAUGGUAACCAAGGGCAACUUCAACCAGCUUAAAAACACAGUUCUCUCCUUCUUCGUCAAAGCAGUUGAUGGCGGCAUUCCUGUGAAGCAUUCGCUUAUCCCUGUGUACAUUCACGUUUUACCUCCAGAAACCAUCUUGCCUUCUUUUUCUCAACCCCAAUAUUCCUUUACGCUAUCGGAAGACACUGUAAUAGGUAGCACCGUUGAUGUUCUGCAUGUUUUGCCUAGCCAGGGUGCCACCUAUAGCACAGUUAAUGGUGAAUUGCCAGGGAACAACAAGGAUGGAGUGUUUAUUAUAGAGCAGGACACCGGCAUCAUAAAACUUGAUAAGAGACUGGACCACGAGACAACUCCUGCCUUUCACUUUAAGGUUGCUGCAACUGUACAGCUAGAUAAAGUGGAUGUUGUGUUAACAGUGGAUGUGGACAUUAAGAUUUUGGACGUCAAUGACAACAAACCCAUGUUUGAGGCUGCCAGCUAUGAAGCCAUCAUAAUGGAAGGAAUGCCCAUAGGAACCAAACUUAUCCAGGUUAAAGCCAUUGAUGCAGACUGGGGGGCAAACGGUCAAGUCACGUACUCUCUCUCAGCAGAAUCGGAUGCUGACACAAUCACAGAGGUGUUCACCAUUGACAGCAACAGUGGCUGGAUCAGCACCUUGAAAGACUUGGACCAUGAGAAGAACCCCACCUUUGCCUUCACUGUAGUGUCUUCCGACCUGGGAGAAGCCCUAUCCCUCUCAUCAACCGCCUUGAUCUCCGUCACGGUGACAGACAUCAACGAUAACGCUCCAGUGUUUGAGCAUGAGCUGUACAGGGGGUCCGUGAAGGAGAGCGACUCGCCAGGCGAAGUUGUGGCUGUCCUCAGCACUUGGGAUGAGGAUACAUCUGAUGUCAACCGCCAAGUUAGCUAUCACAUUACAGGAGGAAAUCCCAAAGGGAAGUUCGCCCUUGGCAUGGUUCAGAAUGAAUGGAAAGUUUAUGUCAAGAGACCAUUAGACCGGGAAGAACAGGAUGUCUACCUUCUGAAUAUUACAGCGACUGAUGGACUGUUUGUAACACAGAGUGCUGUGGAAGUGAUUGUCACAGAUGUUAAUGACAACAGCCCUGUCUGCGAUCAGGUCACAUAUAUGGCAUUGUUUCCCGAGGACAUUCCACCCAACAGAGUCAUCCUUAAAAUGGGCGCCAAAGACGCGGACAUUGGAUCCAAUGGGGAAAUUCGUUACUCGCUGUACGGCCCGGGGAACAACAAGUUUUUCUUGGAACCAGAAAGUGGGGAACUCAAAACCUUAGCCCCAUUAGACCGCGAGAAGAUCCCUGUGUACAACCUGAUCGCAAGGGCAACGGACGGAGGAGGAAGGUUUUGUCAGUCCGAAAUCCAUCUCAUCCUGGAAGAUGUUAAUGAUAACCCACCAGCGUUUUCUUCUGACCAUUACACCGCAUGUGUCUAUGAGAACACGGCCACGAAAGCUUUGCUGACGAGAGUCCAAGCCAACGAUCCUGACGUAGGUGUGAACAGAAAGAUUGUAUAUUCCCUAGCAGAUUCUUCAGGUGGCUUCUUCUCUGUGGACAAAUCCUCGGGAAUCAUCAUCUUGGAGCAUCCAUUGGACAGAGAACUCCAGCCAUCGUAUAAUGUCACUGUCAAAGCCACAGACCAGAGCAUUGUGCAGACCCUGUCCUCGUUCGCCACGGUGACCAUUACGGUUCUGGACAUUAAUGACAACCCUCCUGUCUUUGAGAGGAGAGACUACCUUGUUUCAGUGCCUGAGGACACCUCGCCCAGUGCUGAAGUUCUCUCCGUUUUUGCCACAAGCAAAGACAUUGGUACAAAUGCAGAGAUCACCUACAUCAUCAGGUCUGGGAAUGAAAAGGGGAAAUUCAGGAUCAAUUCAAAGACAGGGUCCAUAUCUGUAAUUGAAGCUCUGGACUAUGAAACGUGCAAGGACUUCUUCCUAGUCAUUGAAGCCAAAGAUGGGGGCAGCCCGGCACUAAGCGCCGUGGCAACAGUGAAUAUAAAUGUGACAGACGUUAACGAUAACGCUCCGAGAUUUAGCCAAGAAGUCUACAGUUCCGUCAUCAGCGAGGAUGCCUCGGUAGGCGAUUCAUUGAUAACGCUGAUAGCUGAAGACCUUGACAGUCCUCCCAAUGGGCAGAUCCAUUUUUCCAUAAUCAAUGGAGAUCGGAACAAUGAGUUUUCAAUUGAUCCUAGCUUGGGACUUAUAAAGGUUAAGAAGAGAUUGGACCGAGAAAGGGUUUCUGGAUACUCGUUAGUCAUACAGGCAAGAGACAGUGGGACUCCUCCUCUGUCGGCGUCUGUGACGGUCAACGUUGACAUUUCUGACGUGAACGAUAACAGCCCUGUAUUUACACCUGCCAACUAUACAGCUGUGAUCCAAGAAAAUAAACCAGUGGGAACAAGCAUUCUGCAGCUGGUGGUGACAGACAAAGACUCUCUGCACAAUGGACCCCCUUUCACCUUUUCCAUCUUGACGGGUAAUGAAGGCGAAGAGUUUGCAUUGGACCAGCAAGGCGUCUUACGAUCUGCAGUUGUCUUCAAGUACAGGGAAGCAACUGAAUAUGUGCUCUGCAUUCAGGCAAAGGAUUCUGGAAAACCUCAGCAGGUAUCCCACACCUAUAUCCAAAUCCGGGUGAUCGAAGAAAGUAUCCACAAGCCAACAGCCAUCCCUCUGGAGAUUUUUAUCGUCACUAUGGAAGACGACUUCCCAGGAGGCGUCAUCGGGAAGAUACACGCGACGGACCAAGACAUGUACGACAUCCUCACGUACGGCCUGAAGUCCGAGCAGAAAAGCUUGUUCAAGGUCAACAACCACGAUGGGAAGAUCAUUGCCCUGGGCGGGUUGGAUAGCGGAAAGUACAUCCUGAAUGUAUCAGUCAGCGACGGGAGGUUCCAGGUGCCCAUGGACGUGACGGUCCACGUGGAGCAGCUGAUGCAGGAGAUGCUUCAGAACACGGUCACCAUCCGUUUCGAGAACGUCUCCCCCGAGGAUUUUGUGGGGCUCCACAUGCACGGCUUCAGGCGCACCCUGCGCAACGCCGUGCUCACCCAGAAGCAAGACAGCUUGCACAUCAUCAGUAUUCAGCCCGUGGCGGGCACCAACCAGCUUGACAUGCUGUUUGCGGUUCAGAUGCCCACGGGCGGCUUCUAUAAGCCUGCCUACUUGAUUCAGAAGCUCACCAAUGCAAGGCGACACUUGGAAAAUGUGAUCCGCGUCUCAGCUAUACUGGAGAAGAAUUGCUCAGGAUUGGAUUGUCAGGAGCAGCACUGCGAGCAAAGCCUGUCUAUUGAUUCCCAUUCCCUGAUGACCUACAGCACAGCGCGGAUUAGUUUUGUGUGUCCCCGAUUCUUCCGAAAUGUACGCUGCUCUUGUAAUGGAGGAUUGUGUCCAGGCUCUAGUGAUCCCUGCACAGAGAAACCCUGUCCCGGAGAUAUGCAAUGCGUGGGCUACGAAAUCAACCGGAGGCCAUUCAUCUGCCAGUGCCCUCCUGGAAAGCUCGGGGAGUGCUCAGGACACACUUCCCUUAGCUUUGCUGGGAAUAGUUACAUCAAAUACCGGGUUUCUGAAAAUAGCAAGAAGGAGGAAUUCAAGUUGGCGCUGCGUCUGCGGACUCUGCAAAGCAACGGGAUUAUAAUGUACACCAGAGCAAAUCCCUGUAUAAUUCUGAAGAUCGUGGAUGGCAAACUGUGGUUCCAGUUGGACUGCGGAACCGGCCCGGGCAUCUUGGGGAUUUCCGGCAGAGCUGUUAAUGAUGGGAGCUGGCACUCGGUCUUCCUGGAGCUGAACCGGAAUUUCACCAGCCUGUCGCUCGACGACAGCUAUGUGGAGCGCCGCAAAGCCCCGCUCUACUUCCAGACGCUCAGCACUGACAGCUCAGUUUACUUCGGCGCCCAGGUGCAGGUGGACAACGUCCGGAGCCUGACGGACAAGAGAGCCACGCAGGUCUCGAGCGGAUUCCAGGGCUGCUUGGACUCCGUCGUCCUCAACAACAACGAGCUGCCGCUGCAGAACAAGCGCAGCAGCUUUGCAGAAGUGGUCGGCCUUACAGAGCUGAAGCUGGGCUGUGUGCUGUAUCCGGACGCCUGCGAGAGGAGCCCUUGCCAGAAUGGAGGGACUUGUCUGAGUGUGCCAUCUGGUGCGGGGAGUGAGCUUGAGGGCACGUCAGCUGAACUGAAGAUGGUGCCCAGAGAGCUGAAAGGUUACCAGUGCAGUUGUCUCUCUCAGUUCACCGGGCGAAACUGCGAGUCAGAGAUCACUGCCUGCUUUCCAAAUCCUUGUCGCAACGGAGGCUCGUGCGAUCCCAUUGGCAACGCUUUCAUCUGCAACUGCAAGAGCGGGUUAACGGGAUUGACGUGUGAGGAGGAUAUUAACGAAUGCGAGAGAGAAGAGUGCGAAAAUGGCGGCUCUUGCGUCAACAUAUUUGGGUCCUUUCUAUGCAACUGCACUCCGGGAUAUGUGGGCCAACACUGUGGGCUGAGACCGGUGGUCGUCCCAAACAUCCAAGCCGGCCAUUCUUACGUGGGCAAAGAGGAGCUCAUCGGCAUCGCUGUCGUGCUUUUCGUCAUAUUCCUGUUGGUCGUCCUUUUCGUAGUGUUCCGCAAGAAAGUGUUCAGGAAGAACUACUCCCGCAACAACAUCACCUUGGUGCAAGACCCGGCGACUGCCGCUCUGCUUCACAAGAGCAACGGGAUUCAGUUCAAAAACAUGAGGAACAGCGGGGAUGGCCGCAAUAUUUAUCAGGAGGUGGGGCCACCUCAGGUCCCCGUGAGGCCCAUGGCCUACACCCCUUGCUUCCAGAGCGACUCAAGGAACAAUUUGGACAAGAUCGUCGAUGGGCUCGGGGUGGAGCAUCAGGAGAUGACAACGUUCCACCCAGAGUCUCCUCGGAUCCUGACAGCCAGGCGAGGAGUCGUCGUGUGCAGUGUGGCCCCCAACCUUCCUGCCGUGUCUCCAUGCCGUUCCGACUGCGACUCCAUCAGGAAGACCUGGGAAAACAGCACUGAAAGCAAAGGACUUGAUGACGUGGAAGAGGUGACCUGUUUUUCAGGCAGCAAUAAAGGCAGCAACUCUGAAGUCCAGUCCCUCAGUUCUUACCAGUCAGACUCGGGCGAUGAUAAUGCUUCCAUAGUGACUGUCAUACAGCUUGUCAACAACGUAGUUGACAAUAUAGAAAAUGAAGUGACUGAUAUGGAUCAAGGACAGAACUACAACAGAGCUUAUCACUGGGACACCUCUGAUUGGAUGCCGAGCGCUCGACUAUCUGACAUUGAGGAGGUGCCCAAUUAUGAGACAACAGAUGGCAGCUCAGUGCAUCACGGGAGCACAAGGGAGCUGGAAACAGACUACUACCUUGGCGGCUACGAUAUUGACAGCGACUACCCUCCGCCACAGGAUGAGGAGUUUUUAAACCAGGACCAGUUGCCGCCUCCCCUCCCGGAGGAUUACCCAGACCAAUACGAAGCCCUUCCUUCAUCCCAGCCGGUCUCCAUGGCUGGCACACUUAGCCCGGAUUGCAGGCGACGGCCACAGUUCCACCCGAGCCAGUACCUCCCUCCGCACCAGUUCCCCAACGAGAUGGACAACGGCGGGUCUCAGACUGGGAACGAGUUUAGUACUUUUGGUGUUGGCCCAGGACCAAACUCAGAGAACAAUAGCCUGGCCAAGAAGCCCUUGUCGUUACACAAUUCCCUGGACGCAUCGUCGUCUGACGUUUCUAUGGGCUGUGGCUUUGAUGACUCUGAGGUGGCCAUGAGUGACUAUGAAAGCAUUGAGGAGCUGCGCCUUGACCACCACCACGUUCACAUUCCAUUUGUGGAGACCCACCACCAGACCCAAGUGUGAAGGAGCCUCUUUUGUUGACGUUGUUUCUGUCAUUUGGUCCCAUUCAUAGCAUUAACUGUCAAGAAGGCUUUCUUUACACUGAGAAAAAAAAUAAAUAGAUCUGUAUAUGGGGCAAAGUGGAAAUAUAGCAUAACCCAUUUUUAACCCUGUCGAGAAAUCCGUGGUGACCAUGUGAAAGGAGAGAGCAAAUGGUUGCCUCCCAAAAUUGGUAGCUGGAGAAGGCUCUUGAUCCCUUGGAGUUGACAUUGGUUGUUUGUUGCCAAGCAUAGAGGUUCUCCAUUGUGUGGUGGCAGACUGAAUUUUCCUCCAACCAGCUUUGUGGGGGAUCACGCUAUUAAAAGUGUUACAAGGCUGAAGCACUUGCAGUAUUCAAGAAAAGCUGAACCUCAUUUCCUGGCUCCUAGAACUGUGGCUGCAUGGGUCAAACUUGGGUGAAGUGAUAAAUAAGGGUGAAUUAGGUGCCAAGGCUGCUGCUGCUGCUGCUGCUGCUGCUGCUGCACAAAGUAUAUCUGAAUUUUAAGGAGGGGAAAGGGACAUCCUUUCCAAACCAACAGUCCAUAAUAAGAUCCCUUUAUGCCAUGUUAUGGAUGUAGUUAAAGUGACUGUGUUUGUACUCUAAGAGUUGUUUCCAAUUCUAGCCCCACGCAGGGUAGACUUAAGCAUCUCAGUUAGCUGUGUCUGUUAAUUUCAAUGGAUCUCAUCUGCAGGUCAUAGUUAUUCCUCCAGCCCCAAAGCAAGAGGGGAUUGAGAGAUACUUUGGCACCAUGUUGAGACACUGAGUGGCGGGAUAUCCCAUCUGCUGCAAACCAUAUGGAAUCUGCAACAAUCACUCCAUGCUCUCAGUUGAAUCCAGUGGGUCACUGUGCCUCGGCUUGUGCACGAUGGUGAGCUAACACACUGCCAGACCAACUCCUUAGUAGCAAUCGGUGCCUUGAUCUCAUCAAAUGAGCAUGAAAUGUACUUAAGACCAUACUGACCAUCCUGUAGUUCCAGGAAAGAAGGAGGAUUGGGGCAGCUCGUCUUGCAGGAGUAAGCAGCAGCUGCAGAAAAACUCCAGCCACUGCACAGCAGUGAAAGGAUUCGGGAGCCCUGCUCUCCUUCGCACUUGGCCACUCUGCUGAGAGGCGCUCCAAGGACGCAGGAUUUGCAGACCGGCGUUCUUCAAGGAACUCUGCUGAGGAGCUGCUUCUGCAUCCCACACGUGGUCCGUGCAAAAAAACUCCCAAGGCAUCCACACUAUUUUUACUUAUUUAUUUUGGUGUGUUCGGUCCCUCGAGACCCACUGUAGGCUUUUUGGGAUUCAUCACCACUUUUCGUUCAUCCACAUGCUCUCUUAAAAAAAAUAAGAAAAUUGUGGAGGUCUGGGGAAGUGUUCCCCAGCCAUAUUUGCAUCCCCGGCUUUAAUGCUGCAAAAAGGGAAAGGGGUUGCCGUCUCUUAAAAUAAUUUUUAUUUAUUUUAUUUUGCCUAUAUACAGUUUAAAGGUGGGAGGGGAAGCCACUCUCCCUUUCCUAAGAGAAUUCAGCCAGCCAGGAAGGGUACGGAAUGAAUAAAUCAUUCCUCCUGGAGUGGAGUCACGGAUGAAUAGAUGCCCUAACAGGUUUUUCAUGCCCCUGCCUUAUCCGAGUUCCCCAUCAACACGACGUUAAAUGAGUGUUCCCAGUGCUUCCCUUCCAUGAACUGGGUUUUUUUUCUUUCUUCUUUUCUGCUGACUGAACCGAAUUUCAUCGUUUCAGCUUUCAUUAAGCAGCCAGUUCUUUCUGCCAUGAGAAAUAUUGUUCAUAAGCUGCCACCCAGCAGUCAAAAUGGUUAAAAGCAACAAGAAGGAAUAAACAACACAACCGCCAUGUAACACUUUUAAUAGCAAAGGGACUCUGAAAUCCACAUCGUGGAGCUCGUAAUUCAAUGUUUACUGCCCCUUUCCCCACAUUCCCUUAAGAGCAUCAUCGCAAAGAUUUGUACCGCAGCAAACAUUCUGGAUAGAGCACUGAGACAUCUGUUAAAAAUGGGUUUUGAGCCAAGGCAAAUAUAUCACCCAUAUGAAUAUUUGGAUAAAUAUAGGCCUGUCCAUACUUCCUGUUAAAUUAAUGGACAUUUUUCUUGGUUUCCCCUCAAGAAUAUCAUGGACGUAACAAAUUUGUGAUACCUUUGCUUUCUCAGUCCUUCCACCUCCGAUGUGUUUUCUGGGAGGGUGGGUGGGUGGGGAAGCGAUAUUACUUGAACUUCCUGUCUGCCAGUUGUGAAGAAGAAGCUACAUAACAAAUUUGUCUCCCAAACUCAAACCAGUUCUUCCAAGCGAGGGGCGGCCAACGCUGGCCAAAAGGGUCUGCUGACUCAGAGGUGCUUCCUCGAUGGAGAAGCUCGCUGAUGUGUGUGUAUGUGAAUUGUCCUGGUGGGACAGGAGAAUUUAACUUCCUUUUUCAAUAGCAGGAUGGGCAGUGAGGUGUUCUGCCGUAGUUCGCACCCAGUAUGCGUUGGGUCGCUUCAGCUAUUGCACGUGUGAACUUUGAACCUUUCUUCGACUGGACCAGUGACCUCUGUCCCCCACCAUGAAGUAAUUGCGAACUAAUCCCUACCUGGUUUACACUUCACAGAGGGUGCAUUCCAGCUCGUGUUUCCCAGGGGCGCUCAAUAUCUAGGUUUAUUUUUUAUUUUUAUUGCGACAUAUCAACAGGGUCACACAGGGAAAUAAAUUGAAAAGUGGGAACCCCUUAAUGCACAAGCAAGAAGAUAAACGUCGCUAUUCCCUGCACUUGGUGUGUCCCCCGCCUGUUUUCUACAAGUCUUCCGCACAAAGGACUCUAACGCUGCCUAAUGUUAGCAGCAUGGUGGGAGCCUUGGCUCCUGAGCAGGGAAUAUCUUCCAUUCUUGCACAUCCUAAGCUGCCCUCCCCUCUGUGGGAGCCCUGCAGUUUUCGGUCCUUCCCCUUCUUCCCAAAGCCUAUGCAGCCAACCAUUCUCCCUCCCCCCCUCUCUUUUUCCUCCAGCUGCUCUCUGCCCCCUCGGCCCAUACAGUUGCCCAACUUAUGCAAGGGGGAAAGUCCAGCUGUGCAAACCUCAGAAAUAAUUGUAUUCAUUAACCCAUGCACCAUAUUUUCAUUUAGGCUCUUCCUUAACCCCACACAGACCUGCUUGCAUGUUUCCACCCUUAAUCCUCCAGGCUAAAAAAUAAACAAAUCCCUAACAACAUUGGCCACGAUCUAGAAGAAAACAGUGGGCAUGCAUUGUGUGAAUCAUCAUUUCUGCUUCCGAUUUGUGUUCGGUUUGGAUUAACGCCAGUGACGUGUGGCAAAGGUUAGUUGUAAGAAAGUUCCCUGACUCGAUUGAGUCAGCUGAAUUUGAGCUGGUCUUGCAAGGCUCACAGGCCACAUUCGCACUAUAAUACAUUUAAAGCACUAUGAUGCUGCUAGAAAUGGUCAUGGCUUUCCUCCCAAAGAAUUCUGGGGGCUGUAGUUUGUCCAAGAGUUGUUAAAGAGAUCCCUCUUCCCCUCCCAGAGCUAUCCCGUUCCUGAGGAGAGGGAUUGACUGUUAAACUCGCACUCCGGGAGUUGUAGUUCUGGGAGAGGAACAGGGACCUCCUCUCAGCACCCUUUGCAAACUACAGCUACCAGAAUUUUUUGAAGGAAGCCAUUACUAUGUAAAGUGGCCAUUUUUUUAAUGUGUGGUAUGAAUGUGCCCAUAUCCUGACUGAGGAAGUAGGAUUCUACCCUGAAGCACUUCAGACUCCAGGCAGGGAAAACCACAUUUCUGACUUCUCUUCCCUCCAUGUAGUAGACUGGGACAUCCUGGAGACUUUUUGUGGGUCAUAUGCUGCCCAGAUCUGCUUUCAGUGUUAAAAGAUCGUCCCGCUAACAAAAGAGUAAACCAAAUCUAUCGAAAGAAAGGAUUGCCCACGAGGUAUUUGUGACUCCAAACCUCUUUCCGUUCAGGCGGCAGCUCAUGGUGUAUCAUGAUGAAUUCAUAUACUACCAAGGGUCACAGACUUCUGGUUUCCUCGUGGUAAGAAUUUGGCAUUGCCGUCAAGUUAGUGGGCUGCUUUUAUUUAAAGGGAGUUUUCAGAUUCUAGAGGGAAAGAACUGCAAGAAGUUUUUAACGGGGCUAUUGUAUUGAACUCUAGUUUCAAAAAAUAGUUUGCGGAAAGACCUUAAAUCAGGAAAUGGAGGUGGGAGGCGUGUUCAUGAUGACGCAACAUUUGGUGUUUCUGAAAUCAUUUUGUAAUCACGGUUUUGCCUGUUUGGCACUUGUCCUCACACCCGACAUAUCUGUAAUGCAAUUUACUGUAAGCUUGUCCAUUGCAGACUGUUAAUUUCAGCUUGCUGUUUCCAAGGCUAUGCACCAAACAAAAAGGCACUGACGUUGUUGUUACUUCACAUGUGAGAGGGGCAACUGGAGAGUACUGCAAAUGAAAUGAUUCCCAUCAUGUAGUUUUUUUUAUAAAGCAAUAAUUUACAAAUGUUGUGUUACAAGGCCAUAACCAGGGUUUGAUACCGGCAGUGUUAAGGAUAAAUUUGAACCGGGUGGUGGAAAUUUGAACCCUCACUGUAUAGCUAAAUCCUGUCAUUAUCAGAGACCUGGGUUGUUUCCAGAACUAUUUUACAAGCCCAUAGUAACUGCAUUUGGAGAGGUUCGUCUGGGAAAUGUAAGGAGUUCUUUUGAAGCACUGUAUAAGAAAGAUAGUUGUCUUGUAAAUUUUACCUGUUGCAAGCAGGCUGGUUUGUAAAAGAUGUAUGUUUUUGGUGUUUUAAAAAAAAGUUUAUAAAAUAAUGUACAUAAUAAUUUUGGAAUUACCUGGCUUUUGUAGAUAUUUGAUGCCAAUCAAGUUGCUUUUAAUUUCUUUUUUUUUUCGUGUUCAUUUAUGUAUUCUGAAGAAACUCAUCAAUGUCAGAUUUAAGGUAAUGGAAAAAUCAACAAAAAAGGGUGAAUAGGUUGGGAAAACAACACUUCUUAAUCACUUCAGAAUUUACUGUAACUUUUCUUUGACUCAGCUGUUUCUCAUUAACAUUUCUCUCAGUUUCUAAGACUGCUUCCUAAUGAACCCCAUCCCUUCAGAUGAAUGGGUCUUUGCACAAAUGCUAUUACAGACAUGUUUUCUAAUGCUGUUUCACUUAGGCAUUUGAGGUUCCGCCAUUAUUCCAACUACACAACAAUUUUAUGCAAAGGGAAGGUUAUCACUUCGUGUGGAUCUGGUCCCUCGUCGGCAAAUGCAUCGGUCUUUCAUAUUUGCUGUUGGCAGUAUUGUCUUGUGUUAUUUUGCUAAAAAAAAAAAAAGACAGAAAAAAAAUGUGUACAGGUUUGUAACUGCCAAAAUUUAAAACCAGUUUUCAAGUAAAAACAAAACCACAUCGA